AUGGCCGCCGCCGCCGCCGCCGCCGGCCGCCGCGGCUUCUCCUCGUACCUCGUCACGCCCAAGGAGCUCAACGCGGCGCUCCUCCGGAACCCGCCGUCGCCCAUCAGCACCGACGCGCGCGUCAUCCCGCUGUGCGCCGCGUGGUUCCUACCCAACGACGAGCGCACCGGCAUCCAGGCCUUCCGCGAGCAGCGCAUACCCAAGGCGCGCUUCUUCGACAUCGACAAGGUCAUCGACCGGCGCAGCCCCUACCCGCACAUGCUGCCCGACGCCAAGGGCUUCGCCGGCGCCAUGAGCGAGCUCGGCGUUCGCAAGGAGGACGUGGUCGUCGUCUACGACACCAAGGAGCUCGGCAUCUUCUCCGCGCCCCGCGUCGGCUGGACCCUGCGCCUCUUCGGCCACGAGAACGUCCACAUCCUCAACAACUUCAAGCUCUGGGUCGACGAGGGCUACCCGACCGAGUCGGGUGAGCUCUACAGCGUCGAGUGCUGCCCGUACCCGAUCCCCGAGCUCGACGAGGCCAGGGUCGCCACGUUCGAGCAGGCCAAGGAGGUCGCCCUCGACUACAACAAGGAGGGCGCCGAGGGCGUUCAGGUCCUGGACGCGCGGCCGCAUGGCCGCUUCACCGGUCAGGCCCCUGAGCCGCGCGAGGGGCUGUCCUCGGGCCACAUGCCGGGGUCCAUCAGCCUGCCGUUCAGUGAACUGCUCGAUCCGGCGACCAAGGCGUUCCCCUCGCCGGAGAAGCUCAGGAGCAUCCUGUCAAAGAAGGGCGUCGACCCCAACAAGCCUAUCAUUUCCAGCUGUGGAACUGGCGUUACGGCCUGUGUUGUUGACGCGGCGCUCGAGGUUGCCGGCUACGGCACCCCAGAGUCGCGAAAGGUGUAUGAUGGCAGCUGGACAGAAUGGGCACAACGUGUGCAGCCCAGUGAGAACCUCAUCCUCAAGUCUGAGUAG